GGCGAACACUGAAAUUUCCCAGCUGACCGUGGGUCCGUGAAGUGGAUGAAAACUUCGUCAACAAGCCGCCAGUGAGACGGAUUAGCCCGGACUUCUUCCUCCUCGUUUCGGACCGCCUGUUAUCGCUUCAUCGUUUCACAACUUGAGUGGAAAGCGGAGCGAAGAGAUGCCGCUGCUCCACAGAAAGCCCUUCAUCCGACAGAAACCUCCGGCCGAUCUGCGGCCGGAGGAAGAAGUGUUUCUCUGUAAAAUCACCCACGAAGUCUUCAGGACCUACGACGAGUUCUUUGAGAGGACCAUCCUUUGUAACAGUCUAGUAUGGAGCUGUGCGCUGACGGGCCGAGCAGGCCUCACUUACCUGGAGGCCGUGGAGAGCGAGCGACGGGCGAAGCAGAGUCUGCAGAGCUUCCCCCAGGCCCUCGUAGUGCCGAUGCUCCACCUGGCCGCUCUGAGCCGCCACUGCAGGCUGUCGGAGCUCUGCGAGGACGUUUACGCCUUUGUCAAAGACCGCUUCUUCCCUGGAGAAAUAGUAGAUGUCAGCGGACGCAACGGAGCCAGACGUGUGUGCGAGAUCGUGCAGGUGCUGUCACCUAACUCCACUGCAAACAGGGCACCAUCCACUCCCAGCCAAAGCAAACCAGCCGACAGCGACACCAUUGUCAUUAGUGACAGUGACGAAGAGAGUGAUGUCUUCCUCAGUCGCACGCCACAGGUCAACGGUGGAAAAAAGAGGCCCCUGCAUCCAUCAGCAUUUAAUUACAGAGUAAGGAUGGCCAAGGAGAAACACAGUGAACCUUUUACAGUCAAAGCCAGUCAAAUCAGUCGAAAGAAAACAGCUCUAUCAAGAGAGAAACUGAAACUUCUCUUCAAGCAGAAUUGUGAACCGCAGAAGGGAAGCAUUGUUCUUAAGCCAUCCACAGUGAAGAAGUACAGGCUCUCUGAGCAGACCUUCUCUCAGUUCUUCCCUGAUGAGCCCCCCAUUUUCCCCUUCAGCCCCCACUCUAAUGGUUCCCCUGGACAGGCGCCGUCCAUAAAUGUGCUGGAGGAGAAGCUUAAGCUGCUGCAAAAGCGGGAAGAGCUGAGUGCUGCAGCCUAUGAGAAAGGGAAGCUGAAAAAAGAGAGGGAGGAGGUGCUGGAGGCCAGAAGGAAGGAGCGAGAGGAUAAGGACAAGCUGAGGGAGGAGCAGAGACAAAGGUUUGAGGAGGAAAAGCAGAGGAAGAGGGAAGAGAGGGAGCGCAGGAAACUAGAGAAAGAGAGGGAACGAGAGAAGCUGAAGGAAGAGAAGAAGAAAUAUGCUCAGCGGCUGAAGCUGUGGAACAAGCCCAGAGAGGACAUGGAGUGUGAAGACUUAAAGGAGUUACCCAUUCCUAUACCAGUGAGAACUCGUCUCCCUGCACAGCUCUUUGGAGAUGCUCUCAUGGUUUUAGAGUUUCUGCGAGCUUUCGGUGAGGCCUUCGACUUGAAAGACGAGUUCCCUGAGGGCAUUACUCUGGAGGUUCUGGAGGAGGCCCUGGUUGGCACUGACCCAGAGGGUCCGUUGUGUGAGCUGCUUUUUUUCUUCCUGACUGCCAUUUUUCAAGCUCUGGAUGAGGAGCAAGAGGAGGUGGCCAAAGAUCAAGCCGAAGACCUGUGGGAGGCUUUGGACGAUGAUUCGGAUCCAACUCAGUCAGCUCUGACGGCUGUUGCCUCAUUGGCUGCAGCCUGGCCUCAGCUGCAUCAGGGAUCUGGUCUCAAACAGCUGGACCUGGAUAGCUGCACUCUGUCAGAAAUCCUGCGGCUCUACAUUCUGGCCUCUGGUGCCGAUUGUAACCACAGCAAUGCUAAGUUCCGCUACCAAAAACAAGGUGGUUUCACGGUCAUGGAUGACCCAUGUGUGGAACUGCGAGUGUCUGAUCCAGCGCUGCUGAAGAAGCUAUCCUGGACUCCAGUGUAUGACCUCACCCCAGGGGAAAAACUAAAGAUCCUUCAGGCUCUGGUGGGGAAGCUGUUGACUCUUGCUUCUAGCAGAGAUCUGAUUGAAGACUGUGUGGAUGAACAGAAGGCAGCCAGACAGGAGCUGCGAGAGAUCCGAGCUGAACAACAUCGACGAAAGAGGGAGGAGACCGCACUAAGGGCCCGUCUACGAAAAGAGGAGAAGCUGAGGGAGCAAGAGCUGAGAAUGAGGGAGAAAGAAGAGAAACUGAAGGAGCAGGAAGUGACGGAAAGACUUCAAACUAAUGGUGAGGCAGCUGCUGAGACUGAAGGAGAACACCACAAUAAGAACGUUAAAGAAAACGCUUCAUCCAGCACCUUGAAAAAAGCUAAACAAAGCCAAAAUGAAGAACCACAACAGCAGCAAACAAAUUGUGAUUCCAAACCCUCCGGCCUUGCUUUCAACCUGAGCGCAGAGGAGCUGGAAAAAGAGCAGGAGAAGGUUCGAGAGUUGCUGGAGCGAAUUCAGAAGGCAGCAGCCUGCACCUGCCUGCUUCCUUUGGGAAAAGACCGGCUGUACCGACGAUACUGGAUCAUCCCCUCAGCCUCUGCUUUGUUUGUGGAAGAGGACUUCUUUGGCAUGACGGAGGACAUGCUGAAGCCAUGCCCAAAGCCUUCUGAAGAGGUUGCAACUAAUGGGGAGGAUAAAAGUGUUGAGACUGAACCAACCGGAGAAAAUGCUGGUUUAAGGCCAGACCCCCUCGACGCACGCAGCGUGCCAGUGAACCGUCCCAACCAGUGGUCCUUCUACAGCUCGAUAGAGGACGUGGAUCAGCUGAUCGAAGCUUUGAACCCUCGAGGUAACAGGGAAAGCUCUCUGAGGGAGGCAUUGGUGCAGGAGAGGGACAAGCUCCAACAGCUGCUGGAGAGCUGUGACCACAACAAAUACAGCCUUCUAACCACACAGACAGAUGAAGCGGAGCUGUCGCCUUGCUCUGCACCAGCUGAUACCCUGAUGGAGGGGAGACUAAGAGACCUGCUGCUGGACCUGGAGGACCGCAUCUAUCAGGGAUCCCUGGGAACUCUGAAAGUGAUGGACAGACAGGUUUGGCGCUCUGCACUGGAAGCAGGAAACUACGAGCUUCUCGGAUCUGAUGGCAAAGAAAAUGCUGUGAUGAAUGGACAGGUGGCGCCUAUGGAGCUGGAUUCUGGCCAGUUAAGAGCCAGAGAUAGAUGCAGUGAGAGGCUGCAGGAGCUAAAGUGUGAACCCUCCAGCUGUGGGGCCAGUGGCAGUGAGACUCCUCAGGUGAUCAGCAGCUCUGUUCGAGUUCUGGCUCUGGCCCUCAGUCAUAUUGAGCAAGGCAUUGAGAGACGCUUCCUCAAACCUCCCCUAGGUGAUGAAGACUCAAAAAAAGACCAGAAAAUUAAGAAGAACAAGAAGAAAGACGACGACCAAGCAUCUGAUGACGGUAGCAGUGAUGGUGGUCGGGUCAUUAAGACGGUGUUGGAGCGAUGGAGGGAGUCGCUUCAGUCCUGUUCAAGCUUGUCUCAGGUGUUUGUUCACCAGUCCAGUCUUGAACGGAGCAUUCUCUGGUCCCGCUCAGUCCUCAAUGCCCGCUGUCGCAUCUGCAGACGCAAAGGAGACGCAGACAACAUGCUGCUGUGUGAUGGCUGUGACCGAGGACACCACACGCACUGUCUGAGGCCCCGACUCAAGCAUGUUCCAGAGGGCGUCUGGUUCUGUCCGGACUGUCGACCCAAACAGAGAUCCAGUCGCAUUCCGUCCCGACAGCGCUCCUCUAUGGAUGAGGAGGAAGAAGGAGAGGAGGAGGAGGAGGAGCAAGAAGACGAGGAGGAUGACGAAGAGGAGGAGUCGGAAGAGGGAGAGGAGUCUGAGGAGGAGGAAGAGGAAGAAGAUGAGGAAGAAGAGGUAGCUGUGAGUGCCAAAAAGAGCCAGGCUGCACCCCCCAAAGGCAGAAGCCAACAAGUCACUCCCAAAGGUCAACAAGCUCCGCCCAAGAACGGCGCCUCUUCAUCAGGAAGAAACUCUUCAGCCUCCAAAGGCUCAGGGAAGAAGACCUCCACAUUGACAUCCAAGACAAACAUGACAACCAACGAUAAAUCUUCAUCGCGCUCAGGGCGAAGUGCCAGCGCCCGUCUGAGUAAUGAGAUCCUGACCCCAAAGAGCACCGUGAAAACCUCACCUGGUCAGAGAGAAGUGAACAAGAGGCCCUCAGCAGAAGCUGCGCAUCCCAAAGCAUCAAAAGGUGUCCUCCCUGUCCUCCCGGCAACAUCUUCGUCCUCCUCCAGGCGACGCUCCUCAGGGAGGAAUCAGGGUCUGCACGAGCUGUCGGCCUGUGAGCGGCUGACGGUCGAGCUAGUCAGACACGAAGACAGCUGGCCCUUCAUGAAGCUAGUGUCCAAGACUCAGGUUCCUGACUAUUAUGAUAUCAUCACCAAGCCAAUCGCUCUGAGCACCAUCAGAGAGAAGGUCAACAACUGUGAAUAUCAGACAGCAGGGGAGUACAUCUCAGAUGUGGAGUUGAUGUUCUCCAAUUGUCUUCAGUAUAAUCCUCGUCAAACCAACGAGGCGAAGGCCGGCGUCCGUCUGCAGCAGUUUUUCCACUCUGAGCUCAGCCGGCUCGGCCUCCAAGAACGUUGCUCUGCUCCACCUGCCAAACGCUCCCGACAGUGACCUCGCCCCUCCACUCUACUGCUGGCUCCUGAGCCUACAACACCACUCACACAGAGUAUUGAUGUUGUUCUUUGGUGACCUUUGACCCUCGUUAACCGGUGGAUGCAGACAGCAGGCUGUAAAAGGCUAGUUACAGAUGGAAAAACAAAAUGCAAAGAAGGUAUUCAAAAACGACAAAUUACAAGUUGUUGAGCAAAUGUUCCACAACGGUGGAGUUGAUCUUAGACUUGAUCCCCAGUCCUGGCUCUGCAGUCCUCUAGUGCUCACAAAAGAGAGUGUUAUUUUUGUUGCAUCUGCUGUGAUUUAUUAACUUUAUAAAAAAGCUGUGAGGUUCUUCCUGUGGCCUUCAGGUCUGCAGGGCAUUUCUUUUGGACUGUCAGCAGGCGCGUUGAGAACACAGACAUGGUGCUGUAGGACGGUAGAGUCAGUAGAGUCCCUGCUAAUUUCCCCUUUGAAAGGCAAAAACCACUGAGGAACAUUUGCACUGACAGUUGAACUUAAAACUCCAGUGAGGCUUUUUAUGUUUGCUCAGGGACAAAAGUUAGUUCUAAAGGGAAACUUUUUUGUAUCAAUGUAGAGGAUUUUCUCUGUUAUUUUUCAACGCUCACAUAUAAAGCUGAAGUCUGCUGCCACGAUGAAAAUGAUCAAAUGUACAUAGAUGUGAACUGGCCUGAUUGAACGGCCGUUGUUUGCAGCUGAAAUUUCUUGGGCAGUUUUUCAGUUACUGUUCAAAUCUGAAUGGACACCCUUGCAACCACUAGAGAAGUUUUCAUAAGGAUGUAAACUUUUUAAAAAUGCAAAGUCUGACAGUAGUUCUUUUGUCGUUUGUGUUCCUCUCCCGUUUCUCUGCCCCAUGAUCAUUAUCUUGGUUGGCUCUGCCCGUUUCCAAACGAUCUGCUGACGGGCUCGAUGUUCUGAGUGGGAACAUUAUGCUCACUUCAGCUAAAAUGGAAGUAUGUCAAACAAAUUGAAUCUGUUAACCUAAACUAGAAACCAUUUUAUAAAUAUACAGAACCCGUUUGUGGUUUAUAGAGUAUUUUUUUCCUACUUUAAUCAAGGGUUUUAUUUUGGCAGCAAUGUAGCAUUUUCAAGUGUACAUAAGGGAAAUUAAAGUGAAAGCCAUACAUUAUGAUCAGAUCCUAAAUAUUUGUGUUCCUUUUAAAUGUAUUAUUAUAGUCAUUAAAGGUUUUCUUUAAACUUCAUAUGUUUUAAAGACAUUUAGUUUUUUCAAACAUUUUGAUUUGGAUGUUAGACUAACUGUGUUGCAUUACCAUGCAGAUCCUUCUAAAUAUUCAGCUUCAAAGCUUUCCCCCCUCGGACAUUGAAAAAAAGUUAAAUAUGAUUAUAUCAACCAUAAACAGCUACGGUUGUUUAGCUACAUGUGAAGAAACCCUAGAUCUGGGGGAAAUGUUCUAUUCGGUCAAAUUAUUGCCUUUUUGUUAUAUAUAAGUUCCUAGUAAGGUUUUUGAGGCAAUAGCCUUUCCCCCCAGACGAGAUGUUGAUAUAAAAACAAACAUAUGGUGAAGUUAAUAAGAACAGAUAAAUGGCAGUUAUUUAAAAAAAAAAGUCAAUUUAUUUGGAGGAUAAUCUCUGCUCUACUGAGCCGUGGGGCAGGGACUGAACUGACUCCUGUGGUCUCAGGCUUUCAGACAGAACCGCGAUGUUUAGCAGAAUCAAGCCCUCCCAUCAUUUUGGUUCUUAGUCUUCUGUAAUACAGUAUUCAUUACUGAAGAAAAGCAGCUCUACUGAUAACUUAAGUUUCUGCUGCUAUAUUGGCCUACAAACACGUCUGUUCCAUCGUCACAUACUUUAAUUUGUUGUUUUUCACAUUCCUUUCUGAAAAAUGACUUGAGGGUAAAGUUAGAUGUCUCCUGCUGACAAAAAAAGCAAGUUCAUUCUGAAAUGGUGAAUUGUUCCUUGAAGACUUAGUUGCCUCAGCCGUAGUGGGAUUGUAGUUCUAGUGUUGUUGUUUUUUUUUGACUACUGCACCACUUUCUGUCUUUGAUGUUUUUGUACACUGUUCUGCUACAUUCCUGCUCGCUAAUGCUGAUCGUGGUGUGUUUGCUGGAUGAAUGUCAGCUGUAGACACUACACUGGAGCUGCUGCAACCCCCCCCCCCCCCCCCCCCCCCCCCCCCCUCCUACGCUCUGUAUUUAUUUAGUUGAAGCAUUCAUUUCACUGUCCUUAUUUAUGACUGCUAUUUCCCCUCAACUUCUAAUGUUCUAAUGUAAAAAAUAAAGUGAGUUUUUACUGAAACUGCUA